AUGGCUGAAGUUAAACGUAACUAUUCGGAGAUAAUUAACUCUCCACUUGAUUCUCCUGAUGAAGAUUAUAAUGAUCCAAAAAAAUUACAUACAAAACCUGGUAGAAAACCUUUAGAUACUGAACCAAAAUCAAAAAGAACUGCUCAAAAUAGAGCUGCACAAAGAGCUUAUAGAGAAAGAAAAGAACGUAAAAUGAAAGAUUUAGAAGAUAAAGUUAAAUCAUUAGAAGAUGAAAAUGUUAAAGCAACAACAGAAUCUGAUUUUUUAAAAGCUCAAGUUAAUAUAUUAAAAGCUGAAUUAUCAAAAUAUAGAGGUUCAACUGAUUUUCUGGAUUUAAAUUUACCAAAAAAAGUUGGUCAUUUAAGUAAUCCAAACCCUAAUACUAAUACUAAUAGUAUAGAUUUAUCUCCACCAAGUAAUGAACGUCAUAAUACUGAUGAUUCAAGUUCAAAUUCAAAUAAAAAUUCAAUAUCAGAUAGAGCUUCAACUCGUUCAUCAGUAUCAGCAAAUAAUGUAUCAUUUGGAUUACCUUGGUCAAAAGAUAAUUUAAAAUUCAUAAGGCAACAAGAACAAAGAAAUGAUAAUAAUGGUGAUGGUAAUGUACCGGAUUUAGUUUCUGGUUCAUCUUCAUCAACAACUCCAUUAAAUGAUAAUAUAUUAGUUUCACCAACAUCAUCGGAUUUACCUACAGCUAAAAAUAAUUUAGAUUUUACUCAUACAUAUGAAGAAGAAAUUGAUCCAUUUUGUAGUAAAUUAGGUGAAGCAUGUGGAACAAAACAAAAUCCAAUACCAAAACAACAAAGAAGAUCAAUAGAUGUAAAUAAAUUCCCAUCAACAAAUUCAUCAAAUUAUAAUUCACCAUUUUCAAAUAUAUCACCAAAUACUCAAAAUAAUUAUACAAUAGAUUCAAAUUCAAAUGAAUAUAAUGAUCCAUUUUUCAAUAAUAUGGGAGAAUUUAAUUUCAAUUUAAUAGAUAAUAAAUAUAAAAAUGAUAUGGAUGAUCCUUUAAGUUUUUUAAAUAAUGAUAAUUUUGACGUUUCAUUAGCAUUUGGUGAAACUAAAGAUAACAAAACAAAAGAUCCAAUAGAUUUAUUAACAACAGAAGAAUCAAUAUAUGAUCCAAUGAUUAAAGAAGAAAUAAAUACAAAUUUUAAUUUUAAUGAUUUUAUAAAAAAUUCAAUACCCGAAAGAAGAGAAUCUUCAAUAACUAAAGAUACCACAAAAGAAGAUAAUAAUAAUAAUGAUGAUGAUGAUGAUUUAAAUGAAAUGGUACCUGCUCCACAAUCAACUUUAAAAUGUAGUGAAAUAUGGGAUAGAAUAACUGCACAUCCAAAAUAUACUGAGUUGGAUAUUGAUGGAUUAUGUAAUGAAUUAAAAAAUAAAGCAAAAUGUUCAGAAAAGGGAGUUGUUAUAAAUACAAAAGAUGUUAAUAAUUUAUUAGAAAGGUAUAAAUCUUGA